UUGGGUGUUGUGCCCCCCAGAAAACACUGUAGACUACGCAUUGAAAGGCGGCGGGGACGCGCGCGACCCGACGAGAAGCGGCUGUUGUCGUGCGAAGCAGGGGGCACGAAGAGCCCAACGGCACAAUACCAGGACCAGGACGAGAGAGCACCGGGCGGAAGCGGACGGGGCCUAAUCUCGAGGCAAGUUCUUCCAGUAGACUCAAAGCAACAUCCGAGAUUUGCUGCCUUUGCAGAAGCGGCGGUGCGUGAUCAGGUCGUCCUCGCCCUGACAUGACGCAUCAUCCAUGGUGGUGCCUGGGGGUGCCGAUAGUGAUGGUUCUGCUUGCGCCUGUCUGCCAAGGCGACCUCGAAGGGGACCGCGAGGCUCUCCUCACGCUAUACAAUGAGACCGGCGGGCCAGAGUGGACAGACACCGACGGUUGGGACACGAACAGCAGUGACAUGAACUCCUGGUACGGGCUCUCCAUCAACGAGACGGGGUCGUACGUGUCGAGGGUCUCCCUGGAAAAGAACAACCUGCAAGGUGACCUCCCGCCAGAAAUCGGCAACCUGACUGCGGUGGAAAACAUUUACCUGGGAAUCAAUUCUCUCACAGGCUCCAUUCCUCCCGAGCUGGGGAAGUUGCAGAAUCUGGAGGUUCUUGACCUGAACACGAAUUUCUUUUCCGGUUCUAUCCCCAAGGAGUUGGGCGACCUGGCGGUCCUCGAGCAGUUGUAUCUCUUCGGCAACGACCUCGACGGCGAGAUACCCCCGCAGCUCGGAAAUCUGGAGCAGUUGGAGAAUCUCCUGCUUAACGACAACCAUCUCACAGGGGGAAUCCCUACCUCCCUGGGUAACCUUACAUGGAUGACAGCCCUUAAUUUGGCGGACAACCGUCUCAGCGGAGAAAUCCCAGAGGAGAUCGGCCAGCUGGUGGUCCGCGGAAGCCUCUAUUGGGUUCUUUGGCUCCAGAACAACUACCUCUCAGGAGAAGUGCCUGACGAUAUUCCGUACUACACUCCGACCACACUGUCUACAAACUCCUUCAUCCUGAACGCGGAUUUAACCGGAAACCUGCUCACGAACUGGCCGGACCAGAGAGACGAGGGUGCGACGGCGCCACCACUGACAUCAUCCAUGGCGGAGCGAUCCGUGGGCACAAGCAGCGGCAGCUACAGCGGCAGCUACAGCGGCAGCUACAGCGGCAGCGAGGUAGACUUGGGCAAUACCACCAGCGACGGCGACGACGAAGAUGAUGACGACGACGACCCCGACGGUAGCGUGGGAAGCAGCAGUGGUGCUUUGUCAACAUCAUCACCAUCAAUGUCGCCUUCCUCGUCUGGAGUUGACGAUGCAGUUGCCGGGGCGACGUCGUCGUCAUCUUCAUCGACGACAGUGAUAGCGGCGAUCACGGGGGGGGUGGUCGGGGGCGUGGCGAUCCUUGCCGGGGUGCUCAUAUUCUGCUGCAUGCGCAGGAGGAAGGUUAGGAAGGACAUCAGCCGUGGUGCGUCGGCGCCUAGCGAUCACAACGUUCCGCCGGCGUCGUCGUCGGCUGCUGCGGCGAAGGUAUUCUUGCCCUUGUCCGGCGCGCUCAGCGACACCUACGGAGACGAAGAGCAAGCCUCUUACUCGUGGACGAGAGGGAACACGUGCACGAGUGGAGACACCGGAGGCGGCUCUUCCUCAUCACCAGGACCGCUCUUGACGACAGAGGCUGCCGCUCGCCUACGCGCGUCCGCCUCCUCCUUCUCAGCCCUCAAGAGCAUCAACACCGAUGAUGACAACGCCGAUCCUUUGCCAUCGGCGUCCGCUACAACCACCGCCGCUAAGGCAAACAACGGCCUCUCCGCGGCCGAGUCUACAGCACAACAGUCUGCCUCGGGUACUGUUGCGGAGGGGGUCGGCACGACCGUGCUAGAUAUUGCCACAGCGGCCUUGGCGGGCGCGGAGGCGUUGGCGGAGCAGUCGUUUUUCCCGGGGGUGAGGGAGGCGGCUUCCGUUGUGGCCGGGCUGGUGGGACUUGCGUCGGAUCACAAAAACAACGGCAAGGAGUCAGAGAAAAGGGCGAGAUGGUGCCGAUCUAUCGUGCAUACGCUGGAGCGAGCCGCGGAGGUGCUGGGAAAGGCACGUGAGGCGAAGGGAGGAAAGGGAGACAGUCAGGCUGUGCAUGUUCUCCUCGACGACGUCCAGGACUCCAUCGCCGACUUGUUGCAGAUCAUCGAAUCCUACAAGAGCAAGAACUCCCUGUCCAAGGUGUUCGUGUCCACUCUGUGCAAGAAACGCCAGGAGGAGGCGGAGGUCGCCAUUAACGCUGCCGUGCAGCGGCUUCAGCUUGGUCUGCAAGUCCACGUGGGACAGAACCUGGCGUCCGUGGGAGAGGCGGUGCAGGAAGGCAUCAACUUUCACCGACGCGCUUCUCGGGCAAGUUGGGAGUCCGAGAUGGUGACGAAGAAGAAGCGCAGGCAGCAUCGCCUGGACCAGCUGGAAAUCCCCGCGUCGGACGUGGAAGUAACGAACGAAGUGCUGGGCAGGGGAGGAUUCGGCACGGUUUAUCUGGCCGACCUGCACGGCCUCAACGCCGCGGCCAAGGUGGUGGUCUUUGAAGACGAGGAGGAAGACGAUGAUGAGUACGAUUGCACUGACUGUGUUUCCAACGGCACCGACGGUGUCCUCGACGGCGGUCAUGGUGUUCUCGACUGUACCGGCGAUGGAGAAUCCCAAAGCCGAUCAAAGCCCCAAACGAAGGCGGAGGCUGCGGCGAUGGGACAGAGCCAGACGGAGAGCACCACAAUGCCCACCGACUCACAGCAGCAACGGCUAUCGCGUGUGUCACAGCAGUCGCAGGAACACCAGCGGCAGCGGAGGAUGUUCAUGCGCGAGCUCGAGGCCAUGAAGCGCCUGAGGGGACUCCACACGGUCACGAUCUACGGUGCCGUGACCAGCCUUCCUGAUCGUCUCGUCCUAGUCAUGGAGCUUCUGCAGGGCGGAGAUCUACGCCAUCGCCUGAAGAAGGCGAAAGAGCCGCUGGAAGAGAAGGUUUUGAGGAAGAUCGUGAGGGACGUUUGCUGCGGGAUGGCCUUCUUGCACGCCAAGGCGACCGUGCAUGGCGACUUGAAGUCGGCGAACGUUCUGUUCGACGCCACGGGGAGGGCCAAGAUUGCCGACUUCGGAACGUCGCUUUGGACGCAGCACACGACACGCCUGGCGACGUACACGACCAUGCCGAGAGAAAUGGUCGGAAUGAGUCUCCCAUGGGCUGCCCCUGAGGUUUUGAACAGACGAGGUUCCAGCUUCGAGGGCGACGUGUACAGCUUUGGCGUGGUGGUGUGGGAGUGCCUGUCCCGUAAGGUCCCGUGGAAGGGGGUCGCCGGGGUAGACAAGCUCGUGCUGGCCGUAACUGCCGGAGAAAGACCACCCAUCCCCGAAAACGCCCCCCACGAUAUCGCUGCCCUGGCAAAAGCAUGCUGGGUUCAUGAUCCGGCCGCUCGGCCCACAUUCAAGAAAGUACUGGCCGACUUCACGCUAGGUUCAACCAACUUCGAAAGCGACAGCAACACCAGUAGCAUCAGCAUCAGCAUCACGAGCAGCGGCAGCAACGGCAGCAUCAGUAGCAGCGGCAACAACGACAACACAGCCCCGCAGAGCUCCUGAGCAGUAGGAAUCUAUUCACGAGCAAAAAUGUUAAGUAGGAUUAUAUUUUUAUUCGAAAACGGCGGCGUGAAUUUACUCAGAUAAGGGCACUCCGUGCCGUGUAUAGAACGUCCGGAAGAUACUCGCCGUUCGUUGGAUGUGGCGGUGGACCGUCCUCGCUUACGGAGGCGUUUUCCUAAUGAAUAUCGGCGGUCCGCCCGUCAGUGCACAUUUCUUAAGUUCAAAAUGGGCGUGGGGUUGGGUAGGGGUUGCAGGCAGGGACGACGGGGAUGCGGUCCCGGGGGAGGGUUCAAUGAGAAGGGUACGGUUAGGUCACGGAAAACUGCCAACUACAAUUUCAGCGUCCAUGUUGAGUAUUCUACGUGCGCAUAUGUAAAUGUGGUGGCCGCGGGUUGCUGGAUGUCACCGUUGUUCUGCUUUGGGGUGAAUUCGAUACACUCGGGCCAGCAUGUAUUUCCUCCUAUCUAAUGGCUUGCCGUCCCAAUGAUCGUCCGUCGUUGUUUGCUCAUUGGCCAGUUUAGGAUGUUGUAUGCAGCUAUUAGAAACGUUUUCCGUUGCGUUUGACAUCUUCGCAAAUACCUAGUACAUUGUUUGCACGUGCUGCAUGUGAAUGGGUCAUAGUCGAUGAGACAUGCCUCGCUUGUUGCCGAGGAGUCCCUUCGACUACUGUACCUCAGGAGGGGCUUCAGGGGGAGGAAUUCUUGUGUAUGACGACGUGUUGGAGCUCCUACCAGCUACCAACGGCAAGAAUGUUGCGAGCUGCGAGCUGCGAGCGCUGCAUUACAGUAAAGGACAAGGACAAACCUACCGUCUUGUAGUCGAUGCUGAUUGCCCGACGCACUCUCAAAUCUCACAACAAGCGGGACGCGGAUCCGUGAUUACGUUGACCGCGCAUCAAAUCACCAGAAUCGGUUGAGGUUUUACAUCCAUUUGCUCGGUUCCACAUGCUCCCUCCUUUCACUACCUAGGCUAUAUGUUGACAUAUUGAUAUUAUCAUGCUUUAGAAGACUGCAACGAACGAUAUAGCCGACACGGAACCCAAAUGCAGAACACAGAACCCCGUUCGCAGAUUUGCAGACCUUUGUUUUAUUCAUGAGAUAUGACACCCGGCUAACAUUAACUUACGUCACCCGUAGAGAGACCGGUAGCACACUGCUGCGUGCGAUGUAGAAUGUGCAGCGCUUCUUCACGAACAGCACCAGAUGCACCAGCGACACCACAGGCGCGUUUCGCGGGAUACUGUAUGAACGGCGUUCUAUUCCGAAAAAGAGAAUUACUGCUGUCUCCCAGCUUGCUUAGGGCUGAAGGCGACGAGAGGUGUUGUCCGGACCCCACGCAUCUGUAACACAACAACGUGUAGAUACUCUUCGUUGGUGGUGGUCUUCACCCAGAAAUCAACCGUAGACUACAUCAUUGAAAGGCGGUGACGGAGAGCGGCUGCAUUCUCGCGCAGGGUGCACGAAGAGCCCAAUGGCACUAUACUAGGUAUGGGGGGGUGAUGAGCCGCGUGGUGCGACUCAAUACCUUGCAGUAGUCUUAUCUGCGAUAAUGCUGAUAGCGCACGAAUCCCGACAUACACCAGCGUCAAUCGUUUUUGGUGCAGCUACGCAUGCACCACAGAUGGACAGCAGGCGUGCGACAGGAGCGACGAUGAUUGUGUUGUUGUUGUUGUUGUUGUUGUUGUUUCUCACAUUAGCUCUAUAGUCUAGACUAGUCCACAAAAAUGGGGAGCCCGUACGUGCGGCCACCGUUAAAAAUUUUGCACGUACAUGCGGUUGUGUCUUUCCGUUUUGAUGCACAUACCGGUCGCCCCGGUGGUCUAGUGGUGUCCUCGUAAUCCGCUAGUCGCAGAGGUCGUGAGUUCGAAGCCCCAUGGGGUGAAAAAUUUACGAAAUUUGCGGGUGAAAGCGAAAUAUAGCUCAAAAGCUCUCGUGAGUACCAAACUUCGAUGUUAGCACCGUUGACGAGGGAAAGGGACGGCUGGACCCUUCUCGCGAUAAAAACAAAAAUCAGCACGCACCGCAGGAGGAAGGUGAGGCAUGAAAAAAAACAAAAAGAAGAAUGAAGCCCUGGCGUUUACCCC